GAGUCACACUAAGUCCCACUCAAACGUUUUUUUCAAAGAUAAUUACUGAAUUAUCAUCACUUACCGAACACAAACUGACAACCUUUGUAUUACAUUUACCGUGUUGUGAAUGAGUCUAAGCAAUCUUUCUUACACAGUGUUGGUCAAACGCAGCUGCUGAAUAUCCUCAACCAAGAGACUUUGGGUUUUGCAAGUACUAAAAAACUGCUCUCACUCAUAAACUGUGUACCCUAUCCUUUAAAGUUACGGCAGCAUCGUAGAUGAGCCAGGUUGACAUAGACUUUUGUGCUUAAAACUAGUAGUGUUUUCGGGUUUGCUGUCCUUGCGCCCGAUUGGGGCAUUGAAUGAUUAUGGAGAUCAAUAUUUCAGACAUCAUCCAAAGGCUGUCAUCUGGUCUUCCGACCUUAAUUGAUGUCCGGCAAAACUGUUCAGUAUCUCAAUUUUUGUUUAAUUUCAUCAUAGACCCACUGCUGGAAAUAACGUUCACGUCUGAAUUUUUGGUCAUCGAUCUCCUACCAGGAUGUCCAUUUAUCGACAUAGAACACGCAGAUGACAUAAUCCUGUUUGGUGGUAAUGGUAAGAUGCAGUGUCUUUUGGUAGCACUGAGCAUCAAUGAUAGGAUAUUUGGGAUGCGUUUCUCCCCCUCUAAAUGCAAGUUAUUGCUUCAGGACUGGCUUUUGCCAACUUACGUCACCUAUGGCGAAGGGGAUAUAUCCGUCUCUCACUUAAGGGACGAAUAUACUGCAUAGCAGUUCGUUCUGUUGUACUUUAUGGUCGUGAAACAUAGCCGAGAGUCGGUCACCAGCUACCAUGGGACUGCAUCUCCUCACGAUGCCCCACUGCCUUGUGAGUUAGACCUUUAGGUCCAAGGCUCGGGGUGUGGCCCCCCAAGAAAACUACCUGCUUCGGUCUGGGCAUUCGGGCAGUAUCCCAGCCCUCGAACAAGUCGAAUGAUUCAUUUGGCGCAUAUCUAUUUGGUGCCUCCUUGUACCAAUGUUUAUGUUUAAAUAAAUAAAAUAAAUAAUCGGUAGAUGCAACCUGCUUGGUUAAGGUCUGUGUGAUAACCACGAUCAGUAGUUGGAGGCUUCGAGUGAUGUGACUGGAAAUUGUACAAAAUAGGACGAUUAUAGUCAGCCGUUAUCUUCCUUUCGAUCUUGAAUCCCAGUAUCUUUUCAUCCAUACCCGUCCUCUCUGUCAUUUUGAACCACUUUCCUAACAUUUAGUUUUCCUUUUUACCACUGCUGCUACAUCAUUUCGAUCUCUUGUUAUUUCCAUCUUGUCACGCUAAUCUUGUAUACGACUUGGGCUAAACAUAUUUGUGUCAGGCUGUGAUAAUGAUUUCUAUCGGCCUGAAGGGUCCCGUGUUAUCAACCAAAAAACAUAACCAUUAUUAGUUUGUGGUAUGUGCGGCAGUGUUGCAGGACUUAGAGGAUAAAGAUAUGGUUAGUACAUUCUGGAAUUGAAAAAAAACAAGGCCUGUUCUCCGCAAGUCAGUUUUUCACGAUUGGAUAGAUAAACAAACCCAAAGGCUACGUAAAAUUGACUCAGGUCUGUUCAUAACCAAAUAUAGAAUACCACAGUUAAGAAACCUUUCUGAUUAAGUAUGCCUUUAAUGUUGAGUUUGCUCUAAGUAUGUACUAAGCCUCUCUUGAUGUAGUCAGCUAAUGAUAAGCUUAAAUCUUUUCUUUUUAUCUCAUCGUAAAAUAGGGGGCUAUUUUAAUCUAACAUUUUGCAUCUGAAAUAGUAACUUUGUUGCUGACGGAUCUUAUUUUUUGAUCUACUUAAGACUAUUAUUCUCUGAGACCUAUGCAGGAAGGUUGACAGGACACAAACAAAUAAACUCUGGUUGGAAUUCUGCUGUAUCCAUCUAGCCAUUAACAAGCGGGAGAAUUGGUAUUAGUCCUGUUGGUGAAUGUUCUACAACAAUCUUCUCUGUAAGAGGUAACAAGUCAGCCGAUUGAUUAUACUUAUCACUAAAGACUACCUCAAUGUGAUUCGCAUGUGUGAAAAAUGUACGAAAGUAUUCAGAGAGAAGAGUUAUUUGCUAUUUGUUCAAUAUUUCCAGAUUUGAUAACUUCGGUCAAUGGAAUCAAGAAAUUACAUGUAUUGUGUUUUUGAGCUUUCUUCGUAUUAUAUAGAUACCUGUUGAUUCUGUUCGCGAUCUCGAUAAAGCGAAUUUCCCUGUACAAGUCAGUUUAAAGAUCAGUUCGAUCAUACGUCCAAGCGGAUUAAAGAAAGUCGUGAUCAUCCACUUAUCUUGUAGUCCUACAUACCCUGAAACACUUCUCAAUUUCCGUAUCAAAGGAGACAAACGAGUCACUAAAACACAAAUAAGUGUUCUUCAUGACGUUCUUAAGCAGUUGGCUGAAACAAUGAGAGGUCAGGUAAUCUGACAUGAAUAUAGAACUUUCACCAUUUAUCUACAACCAGUUUAGUUUGGAUCCAUAUCGUUUUUUGUAUUUGUAUUCUUGAUUCACCUUUUAGAAAAUACAUUGUUACAAUACAUAUUAUUGUAAAUUUUGAAAUUCAUUCUGUUUUUCAGAAUUUAUGAAGAUAUCCUAUCAAAUAACCUUUCAAAAACCGACUUUUUAUUAAGGGUCUUUUGUAUUCACUCCAUAAUCAUCUAUCUUAUAUAGCGUCAAGUAAUUUAAUUAGACUCCUCACUUCUAGCCAUUGGCUGCUAAAUCUCAAUUCUGUAUGAAAUUUUUAGUAACGUGAGUGGGCAAACUUGCAUAGACAUGAUUACAUGUGAUACCUCUUUAGUCUUAGUUUUGGACUAUGUUUUCAUUUGUUAUCCUUUGAUUGUUUGUGGCCGCUAUCAUUGCUUACUUUGUAAUCCGUCUAUUUUAAUUACAUAUCACUAUUCGAUAACUUCAAAUAAGUCUAUACUUGCUUAUGAAACUUCUACAGAAAAAAGACUGAUAUGAGACGAAUUUGGUCAAUUGUGUCAUUAACACAGCUAAGUAGAUAAUGUGGUAUUAUGUACUGAGUCUGUUUCAUCACUAUCAUUCAUUUUCGCCAAACAAGGCUGACCAAUAAUUAAUAGCAUUCAUAAUAGUAUCUUAUCAUUAAGUCUUCAGUAUUAUUAUUAUUAUUGUCAUCAUUUAGAGAUUUUUAGUCACAUGCCUUUAAUAGGAUAUGCAAAAUAACUGACUAUUCGGUCGUUGUUCCAACUGGAUUUUAUCGUUUUCAUAUUUUUAUUUACACGAAGAAUAAGUCAUUGAUAUCUCUAGAUUUUUAGUAUUUUAAACUAAUAAAUUAUAAAAAGAUUACCUUGUGUUUUUAACUUUAAGAAAUCAACAAAGUUCAAAAGUCUAAUAUUCCUUUCACGUAACUCUAUAUGUACAAGAUAUAUUUCCUUACUAACUUUUGGAUUUGUUUAACAUAUGAAUGGUGAUUCUGUACCUAUCUACCUGUUGUUUAACCUAUUAUUUCAUUUUAGUAUAACUGAGUGUUGAUUGUCUCCCAAGAAUUUUGCAGUAUGCUAAGAGAUUUCUUUUGACACACCUGGUUUCUCAAAGUUUUUUUAAAGCUUGCUCCUAAUUUUCUUAUCUACAAAGAUGGUGAUGGUUUGGGGUGAUUGAAUGAGAAUUUUCUUCAGGUAAUGGUGUCUUGACACUGACUAUUUUUAAAUAUGACCAUCAGGUUCUACUUGAAUGGUUCAACAGAAAUGUCAUAGGUAUAUAUAAACGUCUCGAUUUCUAUGUAGUGUGAGCUUGCAAAUGUGCUUUUCUAACAAGUCUAAAAUUAAAAUUAAAGCAUGUUGUUCAUUGUUCACGGUCUUUGUAAUUUUUCCACCUCAUUUUCAUUGUGAUAACUGUUCUUCGUUCUACAUAAUAAAGUUCUCAUAUAAAGAAAGAUUAAUUUACACAGUUCGAUUAUGUUUUAAAACUGUAAUUAAGUUACUUUUAAUGUUUCUUCUUUUUUUGAAAUAAUUACUAGAUAUGCAUGAAAGAGCUAAUCGAAGCUAGUCACGAUUUCUUAAAGUCAUUGUCCAAACCCAUCGUUGAUUGUCAAACACUUAGAAAUGAACAAGAUCUCAAUUUAAGAAAUGAUGAUAAUCUAGUAUCUAAAUUAAAAAUGAUUGAACACAUUGAUGAGGCUAUUCAGUGGCGUUUGUCAUUAAAUGACUCAGAAAUCGAAAGAAAAAAAGAAGAAUAUCAACUUUCUGAAAUUUUUUGUCAAUCUGAAGUUCAUGGAUUAGAUACCCAAACAUUGUCAAUGCAUUUAAAUUCUCAUCAUUACCAACCUUCCUAUCCAGAUGUUAUCGAAAGGUGCCCACUAACCAGACAUAUGUCAGUUUGUUCUCUAAAAAUGUUGUACUUAGAAGACUAUAAAAAACUGAAGAAAUACACAAACUUCGAACAGUAUAAAGCAGCGCAUAGGUCCAUUGAAUCAACGUUCAUUGACAUUCAGAGAGGAUGUUGUGCUGAUGGACCGCAUGAUCGAUUCAAUGUUCUCAGUGCAGAUAUUUUUCCGUGUGUUUGCUAUUUCGAUGGAUUGGAUGUAAAAACCGGUGCUUCAAUUCAAUUGCAUGAAUGGGUUUUUCACAACAAUAGUGCUUACUCAACUAGCAAUAACUUUCUGGAUAAUUUCCUUACUCAACUAGCCUACUUUGCCCGACAAGAUAAACAUCCAAAUCUGUGUAGAAUUUUAGGUGUUGAAUGUACCAGAAACUUACCUGCUUGUGGUAUUGAUAAUGAUGCCUAUCAUCAGAACAUGGAGAAAUCAUGGGAGAACUGGGAUGUUAUUCGUUUAAUCACGGAACGUCCAAAAGGCACAAGUUUGGAGUCUAUCGGAUCUGGAGUACUUCCUCCAGUUGCUAAUGAGAAACUUGGUCCUAACUUAUUCUCCGUUUCAAAACCUCUCGAAAUCGAUGAUAAAAAAUUGGUGUGGUUACGUUAUGUAAUACACCAGAUCGUUAGUGCAGUUUCUUGGCUUCAUACCUACUCUUUCGUGCAUAGGAAUUUACAUCCUUCAAAUAUAUUUGUGGACGAAUUAGGUCAUGUCACAUUAUGCAGAUAUGAAUUCUUUGCGAGACUUGAUCAAGUCGUUUCUGAAAAUUUAAAACAACUAGGUGUUCAGUUACCCCAAAAAGCAUAUCAUUGUGCUGUUCACUACUUUAAACGUUCCGUACAACAAAGAGAUCUACAUCAACUUGGUCUUGUCAUACUUCAUAUUCUUAUUGGACCAUUACCUUAUGCCAAUUCAACUGAAAUAGCAUCAUUAAUAUCUGAAGUGUUGGACGGUCUGAAAACAACUCAACCGGUUUUUAGAGACUUUCUGCAAACAUGUUUAUCUGCUAAUCAUAAUGAUCAUACAACAUCCGUUGUUGAUUAUUUAAUGUCACACCAAUUCUUGCAUGACUCUAUUCCUUGUAAUUUUUUGUCAACGAAAUUAACCAAAACAGAAUUAAGUUCAAGUACAAUGACUAGAACAUCAAAGCAGAUUAAUACUUUAAACAAUCUUGAUGUACAAACUGUUGAAGGGAAUGCAACUUCUAAAUGCCCUCGAUUAUUUGAGGAUUUUACUGAUUUUGUUCUCAUUGGAAAAGGUGGUUUCGGUUGUGUACUAAAGGCGCGGAAUAUAAUCGAAGACCGUGAUUAUGCUAUCAAAUGUGUGAGAGCAUCUAAAAGUCAAACAAAUACAUUAUUUCGUGAAAUUCGCACUCUUUCAGGGUUACAACAUGAAAAUAUAGUCAGAUAUUUCACAUCAUGGCAAGAUACAUUCUCUGAACCACUUCCUCAUAAAAAUAUGCCGUGUUCUGAUUGGAACAAAAAAUGGGAUGAUUCAAAAUAUCGUAACUGCAAAAGCACUUCUUUUUAUUCCGAAGAUAAUGAAGCAGAAGAAGACGAUAGAACUAGUCAUCAUCUGUACAGAAACCCAAUUACGGUUAAAUCUCAAAAACCCUGUCCAACUGGCACACAAAUAAACACUACACUUGACGAGCUAACUGAACUUGUUACAAAUGGCAAUAACUUCGAUGAACGUAUAGUUAACAAUUCUUCUAGUCACAUUAAUGAUGAAUCUUGGUAUAUAGGAACAAAAAAGCCAACAAACACAGUUCGUAAUUAUUUUUUUCGAAUUCCUGGAGAAAGUAGCGAUGAAACUGAACAUACAAACGAUUAUUCAUCUUCACCCACUUCAUUGUCAUGUUCAUAUUUAUCUUCUGACGUUUCUGAUUCAUCUAAUCAAUUUGAAGAUAAUCGAAAAACAAGUGAUACAUUCGUGAAUAAAGAUGUUUAUGAUGUUAAUGACUCACAGAACAAUGAGAUUGGAAAGUCUGUACGAGAAUAUCGAUAUAUUAUCAUUCAAAUGGAAUUAUGUCCAUCCAAGUCAUUAAGAUAUGUCAUUGACUUCGAAAAUUUAUCAUGUAGUCCGGAUAGAGCUUGGAGUUUAUUCCGUGAAUUAACUGAUGGUUUGGCAUAUAUUCAUUCCAAAGGUGUUAUUCAUAGAGAUUUGAAACCAGCCAAUAUCAUGUUAGAUUCUAAUGAUCAUGUGAAAAUUGUAGAUUUUGGUUUGGCUACACGGACUGUACAAGAAAAACUAAUGAAUGCACGCCAAGCUGUUGCAGCUGAAUUCCAUAAAUGUAGUAAACAAACAGAAUGCUCAGAUUCUACACAACAGAUUCCGCCGGUUGGACAUAAAGAAGUACCGAAUUCCACAGGCCAACAUGAAAAUACCACGAAGUUCGACGAUCAUUCCAUGACCCAUAACGUUGGCACCUUCUUAUAUAUAAGUCCUGAAGUUCUACUUUUGGAUUCUCAAAAAAAUCGUAUUUAUGAUGAGCGGGUUGAUAUCUACAGUUUGGGUAUUAUUCUUUUCGAAAUGUUUUAUCGUGCUAUGCCAACUGCAAUGGAACGUGUUUUGAUUCUUACUGAAUUGAGAAAAGAAAAGAUUGUCUUUCCAAAAGAUUGGUCUCAAGAUGAGCUUGUCAAUCAGACUUGGUUAAUUCGUACUAUGCUACAACAUGAUCCAUCUAAAAGGCCAAGUGCCUCGGACCUGCUAACUUCUUCACGUGUCCCACCAUUUAAGUCUACUGAAGCAGCAUUUAAAAAGCAACUUAUUGAGAUUUGUAAAACUCCCGAUAGCAAUUUAUACCGUUUUGUUACACAUACUCUUUUUUCUCAAGCUUGUUCAGGCGCAUCAGAUUUACUAUACGAUUGUAACACAUGGAUAACUUCAGUUCAACAAGAUUUCAAUCAAAUUGAUGGGAGUUUUUUAUCACAAUUAUUAACUAAAGAUUGUUUUAUGCAAAACGAUCCAAAUCGUGUAUUAUUUAAUUUUCUUAAAACACGCAGAUAUAUUACACAUAUUGUGGAGACUUCAUUCAUUGCACACAGUGGUGUACUGUUGGAAUCCCCUACACUUGUUCCAGUUAUUCAUAGACCUUAUCAAACAUCAUGGUUGGGCCAAUCAAAACAGGAUAACAAUGAUUUGUUUGAUGUGAAUGAUAAUCAAAAUGCUGAGUUUUGGGAUCGUUUAUCAGCUGCUCCUGUUUUACUAGAUGAAAAUGGUUUACCCGUUCGUUUGCCUGAUUCAUUACAUAUACCAUUUGCACGUUAUCUGGCUCGAUCAGGGUCAGUUUUACUUGAAAACAGAAAUGAAUCAGAUCCACUGAAGCGAUAUGAAUUUGCACGAACUUAUCACAGUUCUUCAGUUUCAAAUUCAAGUGGACCACAUAUGUUAUUUGGUUGUCCAGUAGAAGUUAAUCGAGCAACGUUUGAUAUUGUUUCUAUAGAAAACAGCACUUACUGGGCCACGGAAUUGUUUGUCAUCUUACGUGAAGUAACGAAUAAACUGUUUCAGUCCAAAGAAAUAUCAUUUUUCCUGUAUGUGAAUCAUACCAACCUGAUCAAAGCACUAUUCAAACUAGCUGGAAUUCAAUCUGGAUCACGUGCAACUGUUUGGCGUCAUUUAUCCGAAGCAAAUGCUGAUCCAAAACCUGUUAACCCAUCUACAUACUCAUCCUUCUUUUCAUCAGUGAAUUGUUCUACCACAUAUUGUGCAACAGCAUCUUACUCUUCAUCUUCUAAUUCUCCACUAUCCGGACCAUCACGGUUGAAUGAACCAACACGUUCGCUUAUUUUACCUGAAUAUUUAACAAGUAAACCUCGUGGACAUGCACAAAAGCGUUUUAUGAAAAUAAUUCGUCUAGAAUCUUCACAUAUUCACUAUAUACGUGAAGUAUUUAUUCAACAUUCCGCUCAGCAAUGUCAUUCAGUUAGUAAAUUAGUAGAUGGUGCUGUGAAAUUAUUGGAAGAGUUGACAGAUAUUUACACUAAAUUUGAUUGGUCAGAAAGGUUUCAUCUUCGAUUCACCCCUGGAUUAGUUCUUCCACAUCAUAUGUACAAUGGUUUAAUUUUUCAGUUGGUUGCAUUGGGUGAUUUAUCCCCUAAAUCAACCAUGCCAAGUUCCUCUACCUCCAUCUGUUAUUCACGACAUCUUGAAGAUUCGUCAAUAAAAGUGAAUUCCAAAACCAAUAUCAAUAUAGCUUCAUCACGAAUAAAUGACACAUCUCCGAUAUUGUAUGUUUUAGGUCAAGGAGGCGAAUAUAACCAUUUAAUUGCUAAACACUGUGUACCGAAGGAAUUCUGUACCAUUCGACUACCAAGAAAAAUAUCCCGAUGUAAUUCUGCGUCUAAUAAUCUGGGUAUGACCGCAUUGACCAUAGAUAAGUGCCCUUAUGCAAUUGGUUUAAGUUUGGAUAUGGAUAAAUUAGUACAUUGUUACAUGACUUCCUUCUGCAAAAACACUAUACAGAUUUCGUAUAAUUUGCAUGAUUGUAUUAUAUUCAAUCCUAAAUGGCGCAUAUUACUUGGAUGGGAAUCACGUACUGUUGAAACUCUUCAUGAUUUAUAUACUUGCCCAUUUCGUAACCCUACGACUCAUACUCGUCGAUCCGGUUUAGGAUCUAGUCAACGUUCAUCGAGUGAAUGUAGUACCAACACUUCGACUAAUGCUAUGAAUACGAUGUCACCUCCAAAUAAUUGUGCAUCUGAUUUUUCAAACUCUGCUAACAAUAUAACAUUGCCUUACACUUGUGCCUCGGGUUCUCCGAACCCAACUUCAUCAUCUGAAUCAUUUGUACUGACCCAGAAUGUUUUAAAAUUAGCAUUUCAUUUAGCUCAAAUAUUUUGGAAUUUAAGUUGGACAUGUGAUUUGUUAACAAAAUCAGAUUCGGACCUAGUACGUGAGGCUGAAGAUCGAGAAGUAGAAUUUGCUGUUCGGGUUAUUUUAGUUAAAUUAUCCACAUCCGCUGCAACCAAUUUACCACUUGGAUCAAAGCAUUUAUCCCUUGUAACUUAUCAAAUAUGGUCUAGACAUAAUGCCACUCCGUUAAGUGGACAACAUGUAAUGGUUUUCGAAUUACGACGAUCCGACCCAGACUCUGUAUUGAAUUAUUUCUAUUCACGCUUCCCAACAAAUGUACGUCGACCUUCAGUUGAUCCGGAUAAAAACUUUUUGUAUAUAUCUUCCAAGAAUUCAACAGAAUUAAUUCAUUAUUCAAAGGAUUUUUUGUCACAUCCUAACCCUGAAAAGACAAUCAUUUAUUGUCCUAGAUUAACAGAAUCCAAUAUACGCAUACCUGAUCAGACAGAUACAAAAGAAAUAUCUACAAAUAUGUUAAAUAAUUUACGCCGUAGUUCUAACAGAUAUAAACAACAUUCAAAGCAUUCUAAACGUACAUAAAAGUGGAAAAGUUGGGAAAUCUCUACUACUAAAACAUUUUAGAAAAAAUAUAUUUAACAGUUUUACUUAUCACCUUAUUUACAUUGUCUUUCUAUUCAUAUUUUCAUGCAUUUUAGAACGGAUGAUGUAAAAUCAAGAGUUUCUUUUUAUACAUUUAUCUUUGCUGGGAAACUCAAAUUUACUUUUUUUCUAAUUUUAAUAUUAAAGAGUUUUUUUUUACCUUCAUUUUGUUAGUUGUACAUUGAUAUUUAACAGAUUGCUGCUAUGCUGAUAUU